GAACGCGAACAUUGGUUGGACUCGGAAGUCAAAGCUUACGAAAAUUUACAAUCAUAAAAUCGAUACGAUACAGACAUAACUUUAUACACUGUCCGCCAUUGUAUAACUUUUGUCUUUUGACAAUGUUGUGGUUAAGAUCACUGUAAGAUGUUACGGAGAAGUCUAAAACCAUCUAACAAUAAUCAUAAUGGACCUGUUCAUCGAGCUGUUAAUUUUGCUUCUUCUCUCAAAAUCAGUCCGGUUAUAUUGUGGCCCAUACAAUGGGCAAGUAUGUAAAAGUUAUUCUACCGGCUACGUAUGGUACAACCACACUGGCGGACUCGACAACGAGAAGAUAACAAGUGGCCUUUGGAAAGAAAUGAUCUCAAAUCUUCAAGAACCAUGCAGGACCCAAGCUGAAAGAUUGCUUUGUGCUUACGCAUUUCCGAAGUGCAUCAAUAAGGACGGUGUCGGAUACUUUGCCUUACCACUUUGUUAUGAAGACUGUAUGGCAGUUAAAAUGCAAUUUUGUUAUAAUGACUGGAUAGUGAUUGAAGAUCAAAAAGAACGAGGAGUGUUUUUCGAAUCUAGGGGUCAUUUUCGAUUACCAGAAUGUGAAAAUUUACCACAUUACAGUGGUAAAGGCUCUCAAGUUUCCUGUAAUAAUAUUGGGAUUACUGACAUGGACCUUGAUCAGGUGACUACAACCUGUGUAAAAGGUAAUGGCCGUUACUACCAAGGUGUAAUUAAUGAAACAAAAGCUGGUUUAGCUUGUCAGGCUUGGGAGUCGCAAUUUCCCCAUCAACACACCAGACCUCCAUUAGUGUUUCCAGAAGUGCAGAAUUCUUCAAAUUAUUGUAGAAAUGCUGGUGGUGAAGAAAGUAGGCCUUGGUGUUACACUAUGCAUCCAAACGUGAGAUGGCAGUAUUGUGAGAUACCAAUGUGUGCUAAUUCAAGUCAAGAGAAAGACAAUAUUAAGGGAUCAAAUUUAAUAAUGGAGAAUUACUUCACACCCACAUUUGUUUUAUUAUUAUCAAUAGGCGGCCUUGGAUGUGUUUUAGCUAUUGCAGGAAUAGCUUUACUAUGUCAUUAUAUUGUUAAAAAUCAUUACUCUAAGUGCAAUGUUUCAAGUCGCAGGAAUUUACAAAACAUGGAUAUAGAUUUAGAUAAACUGCCAAGUAAUCUUGCCUACCAUACAACUGGAGCACAACUCAAUCCUAAGUUAGAAAAGUUAGAGUUUCCAAGAAAUAACAUAAUUUAUAUUCGUGAUUUGGGUCAAGGGGCCUUUGGUAGAGUAUUUCAGGCAAAAGCUCCAGGUCUUAUACCAGAUGAAGAGUUUACUUUGGUCGCAGUUAAAAUGCUUAAAGAUGAAGCUUCUCAUGAUUUACAAUUGGAUUUUGAAAGAGAAGCUUGCCUACUUGCAGACUUUGACCAUCCAAAUAUUGUUAAAUUACUUGGAGUUUGUGCUAUAGGACGCCCAAUGUGUUUGCUUUUUGAGUACAUGGGAAAAGGUGAUCUAAAUGAAUACUUAAGAGCAUGCAGUACUGUAACUAGUUUUGCACCAGUAGAACACCGUGAAGAUCUACGAUUGCUUGCUGCACCAUUAAGUCACUUAGAUCUUCUUCACAUUGCCAGACAGAUUGCAUCAGGAAUGCUGUACUUAUCGGACAGGAAGUUUGUACAUCGUGACCUUGCAACUAGAAAUUGUUUAAUAAAUGAUGACAUGGUUGUAAAGAUUGCAGACUUUGGACUCUCACACAAAAUUUAUUUACAAGACUAUUAUAAGGGUGAUGAACAUGAUGCAAUCCCAGUAAGGUGGAUGCCGCUUGAAAGUAUACUCUACAAUAAGUACACCUUAGAAUCUGAUGUUUGGGCAUACGGAGUAUGCUUGUGGGAGAUAUUUUCUUUUGCUUUACAACCAUACUUUGGUAUGACCCAUGAGGAAGUUGUUAGAUUUUUGAAGGAUGAAAAUGUUUUAGCUUGCCCAGAUAAUACCCCUAGAUGUGUCUAUGAUUUAAUGAAGCAAUGCUGGAAUCAUAAUCCAAGUGAUCGUCCAAAUUUUAGAGUAAUUUAUCAAACACUAGAUAACAUUCAGCUAAUUUUAGAAAGAGGUCGAACACAUUAAUGUGUGUGUUCAAAGUAUUAUUCAAAAGAAACAAGGGUGACAGUUCAGCUAAGUGAUAUGAUAUAAGUCAAAAUCAUGAAUUAUUAAUGAAAAAUAAAUGAGCCAAUUAUUUAUAUAGGUAAGAAAAAAAUGGUUCAUUAUCAGAAUUAUUUAUGGCAAAAUGUUUUAGAUAUGAGGCAAUUAUACACAACAAAUGAUUUUGUAAACACAUUAAGUUGUUACUUCGAUGCAUGAUAUUGUAUGUUUAAUACACAUUUUUAUUUGUCCAUAACUGAAGACUGACAUAAAAUGUAUGUAUAAGAAGACUAGGUAUUUUAAGUUCCUUUUCGUUUGAUUCUUGUUUGUUAAAACAUUAGCUCACAUUGGUUCAACGUUUACAAAUUAUUUAUAAACCUAACACAAUAAGUACUCUAAAAGCAAAUUUCAUUACACACCAGUAAUGUUAUUAAUAAAAUAGUAUAUUUUUGUAAAAUGUCAACUCUUAAAUACAGAAAAAUAAUUAAUAUUAGACCUAAUAAAUGUAAAACAUGAAAAUUGCUAAUUCUAAAAGUAGCACUUAUGCUUUUUUUGUAAACUGAGGAUCUGUGAAUGUCUAGUAAAAUAUGAAACAAUGUAUUCUUUAAAAAUUACAAUGAUUUUUAAUUGAGUUAAUUAAAAAAUAAAUCCUCAAAUCAAUCAAUAAUGUAAUUAAUUCAAGAUGUCAAAUGGCUCCAAGGUGGUUGUAUAGAUAUUAUUGAUAUUUUACAAUUUUUUUCAAUAUUUAUUGUUUUUCUAUCUUUGCCUAUAAAAUAAUACAGCUAUAAAUAAAAUGCUCUCUUGCCAAACAUGUAGUUUUUCCCUAUGGUCAUGGUAUCUUAUGAAAAAGCACAUAAUAAAUGUACAAAUUUCAAUUUGAAUGUUGUUAACAUAGACAUUUAUUUCGCAUAAUAAUAAUUAUUAAUUUCAAAAUGUCUAAAUAGACUGCCUCUUAUUUGUUUGUUGUAGAAAUAGAAAUAGAUACAUCGAAGACUGAUCUUAAUAGGAAUGUUAUAAUUUAAUUCUAAACAUUUUGAUGUUCUCAACGAAGGCAUUUUUUAUUUCUACAGACGGAUAGACGAGCUCAUGGCCUGUCAGAUGUUAAGUGGUUAUUGCAGCUUCAUUAAAUGUGUAAAGAAAAACUUGAAUGUUUUUGUCCUUCUUGAGACACGAGGUUACGAGGUUGAAGACUCAAUUUUCUUGUAUAAUGUCUGUCCAACCCAUGAAACCAGUAUGCGUGACGGCUUCAUGUCAGAAAUAGUCACGAUGGCUGUGCUCAUCCGUUCGAGAUCAAUAGGCCACAUCAAUAGAACUAAAAGCAUGCCAAGCUGUAAUGAACAGUUGUAUGUAAGUUUCUUUUAUUAGAUAAGUACAUAUUUAAAUACAAUAAAUACGGUAAUAAACGAACAAAUCGCGUUUUGUAGCUAUCCAUUCUUGUGGUACCUAUUUUAAAAAUAAUACUAUUUUAUUAUAAUACGCGUCCAGAGCGCAGCUUAAACAAUAUAAUUGACAUUAUUAGAAUGAUAUUAUAAUAUAACGAUA